UGCUCAACUAUAGGCAUCUGACUUGCAGAUAUUUUAUUUAUUUUACUUGAAUACUUGAAAAUGAAUUCCUACGUUAUAUUCGUGAUUUCGAUUAUUAUAAAUUUCGUAUUUUUAACUACAGGAUCGGGAAUAUACUCUGAUCCAUGCCUUAAAAAAUUGCAAGAAUGUGUUAUCGAAAAAAUUAAUACCAAACAAUGGACAGAUGAUUGGGAUGCUUGCUGUAAUAAUUUGUACUCUCGGAUCGAUUCAUUUAAUAAAUCAACAUUUUUAAUGGAGGUGAAUAAAUGUGCUCAAGAAAAAUCGAAGAAGGAUUUUGAAAUCUGCGAGAAAUUUUGUGACGAAUCGUUAAUUAAAGCAAUUAAAGAAAAUAAAACCUUAUCGGAUGACGAGCAGAAGUUCGUCGAACAUUCGGCUCCCGAGAAACCAAGUGAUGUUUCCCAUUGCGAAGAUUACGUCCACAAAGUUAUGAAAAAUGUUAAAGAAAAUUGUAAACCCGAAUCUGAACAUUACAGAGAAGAAUGCGAAAGUUUUGAACUUUUGCACGAAAAAUAUUCCAAAGAAAGAAAAAAUCAUGCACCUUCGAUUUCCGCUUUCAACGUAGUACACUUUAUUAUGGAGAUUAUUCUUUCUCUCGGAAUAUUAAUGACGCUGUAAUAAUUAAGAACUUACUCUGAAACAUUUACGUUGAAAUUCUUAAAAAUUUCAAUUGAAAUCCUUUGAAAACAAAUAUCGAAUUCUACGUAAAAAUAUUUUUUUCUUCACUUUAUAUUGUCGCGAUCCACAUAGCAAUGGACAAUGUUUGUAUGUUGAGAGCCAUGGGAUUCCAUUUCAAUGUGUAUAUGUACGGUAUGAUUUAUUUUUAAGCAACUGACAAAGCUGUUUCAAUACGUUACACAUGCAUGCACAUUCUCUUUAGAAAUAUCUGUAUAUCGUGCAAAAAAUAAAGGUUUUACUGUAAAAUUUAUUUUUGU